AUUGCGUUUAAAGUUAUUGUGCAUGCAAUAUAAUAAAGAAGCAGCAACAUUUUUGUUUUAUCAUCGUUCACAAAGUGAGUUGCAGAAAGUAUUGUCCGGUUAAGUUGUAAAAAAUGUUUCGCAAUCAAUACGAUAGUGAUGUAACUGUUUGGAGUCCACAGGGACGUCUCCAUCAAGUAGAAUAUGCAAUGGAGGCUGUAAAAUUAGGUUCGGCGACAGUAGCCUUAAAAAGCCGUGAUUAUGCCUUAUUAGUUGCUUUACCACGAAAUGCAUCAGAUUUGGCUGCUUCACAAGUUAAAAUAAAUCAAAUUGAUGAUCAUCUAGGAAUUUCAUUUGCUGGAAUCACAGCUGAUGCUCGCUCAUUGGCUAGCUACUUGCGGUCAAGUUGUAUUUCGUAUAAAUACGUUUAUGACAACAGUUUUCCAGUCGAUCGAUUAAUGGGCGAAUUAGGUUGCAAAAUGCAAUCUACAACACAACGCUACGAUCGUCGUCCAUAUGGUGUCGGUUUACUCGUUGCUGGUUACGAUGACAAUGGUCCACAUGUAUUUCAAAUUACACCUUCAGCUAAUUAUUUAAAUUGCAAAGCUAUGUCUAUUGGUUCACGUUCGCAGAGCGCACGUACAUACUUAGAACGUCAUUUAUCAGUUUUUCCCGAUUGUUCAAAGGAUGAACUUAUUUGUCAUGGCAUACAGGCAAUACGUGGAACAUUGCCUAAUGAUGAUUUAGUCGGCAAAGAUUAUCAAUCUCCGCUUAUGAGCUUAUCUAUUGCCAUUGUUGGUAAGGAUCAACCAUUUACAAUACUAAAUGAAACGGAAACUUUAAAAUAUAUAAAUAUGGCCAAAGAGAAAGGCGCUGCACCAGUACAAAGUCAACCAGGUGAUGACGCUGCAACUCCACCUGAAGUUGAUGAUGGACCCGAUCCACCAGCUCCGUCGGGAGGUGCAGACACUGAAGAAAUGUCCUAAAUUUAUUUCUUUCAUCAUUUUAU